UGUAUGGUCAAAGGAGGAGGGUCUUGUAUGUAUAUACGGUCAAGUAAACAAACCACAAGAUUCUCUGUUCUGACUGGCAUCAAAUCUGCACUGAAGAAGUAAGCUUCAACCACAACAUUAAAUCUUGGAGCUGGCACAGUUGGUGUAUUCUUAACAGAACCAUGAAGAUGACAUCUCAGACACAUGCUCGUUAUUUGUCAAUUGAUCUGGACAAUGAUGUUACCCUGGUUUUCCGUAAGCCUAGUUGGCAGCUCAGAGCCUGCCUUGCCUCUGUGUUGAUCACCCCUGUCCUCUACCAACUCUACUUCAUUAUGGUCACCAUCAGAUACAUACUCUUCUCACAAACUUUUUCCUCUCCCCCACAUCCUGCUUGCCCUGUGGUUGACUUGAGUUGGACCGGAGUGUUUCCUUGUGAGCUGGGAUGGAGGGGGAGUGCACUGGCCGUUCUCAUUCUGUCAGCUGUACUUAUCACCUGCUACUCACUCAUCACUGCCUGCUUGGUGAAAUGGAACCCUCGGAACUCAACCACAUUAAAAAAGCCGACCAAAUUCCAAGUGAGAGUUCAGAGCACUAAUCGACUGAUGUUGCCCCCCACUCUCAGUCUGUGUAUACUGUUACUGAUAUUCCGCUUACUGUUACAGUCAGGAGAUAUUGAAGCAAACCCUGGACCAACGCUUGGCUCCAUUUUGACUAUCGAUGAUUUGAAUUCUGUUUACGAGAAAUUGAUAGAAGCUGCUGGAAACUGGUUGGACCUGGGACUUUCCCUGGGAUUAGGUCAUGGUACCCUCAGCAAUAUAAAAGAUGAACAUCGAGACAAGAACCAAACCUGUUUACGAGAAAUGUUAGCUGUUCGCUUGAAGACUAGCCCUCCUCUCACUUAUUCUGACAUAUGUCAGAGUCUCAGAGCACGAACAGUUGCACGGAAUGAUGUCGCUGAGGCUAUAGAGAUGGAAUGUACAGUUGAGGAUAUUUCACCUGGGCCAUCUAAGAGGCCCAAAUUGUCCACAACGAUUCCUGGACCAACCAAAUCCAAGUCCGAUAAUCGUUCCACCAUCCAACCAGAUGAAGCAAUAGGAAUUUAUCGAUCAUAUUUAAAUAAUAUUUACGAUACAAGAUCCCUCCCUGCUGAUGACAAAUAUCCUCUCCAGUGUGUUAAGCAUUUUGUUAACCUAGAAUGUGCAGAUGUAAGUAAACAUUUAUCGAGAAACGAAAUUGAAAAGUCUUGGUCAGAAAUAGUUCAAGGCAAGCUGAAUAGAUUUCCUAGAGAGAGAAUCACAAUGGACCAGAUAGCUUCCAAAGUAGAGGGCAAAUUCUCUAAACUAGUUGUCACUAAGGGGGCUCCUGGAGGAGGUAAGACGACUUUGUCAUGGGAACUGUGCAGACGAUGGGCUAAUGGUGAAGUUUGGACAGAUUACUCCCUUGUUGUAUUGCUCCGACUUCGAGAUGAGAAUGUUCAGGAAGCUGUAGAAUUAGUUGAUCUAUUUGAAUGUGAAAAUAUUGAUGCUUCCAAAAAUAUUGUUGCUACUACUAUCAUACAAAAUCAUCAUGGGCAGGGCAUUCUUUUCAUUUUGGAAGGCCUGGAUGAGUUACCACCAUUCCUUAGACAAAAAAAUUCUAUUUUUAUGAAACUAAUAUCCGGACGUCUUCUGCCAGCUAGUACUGUGCUUGUUACCACUAGGCCCUGGGCUGUAUGUGAUCUACCUGUUACUUGUAGCGCAAGAGUUGAUCAGUUCAUCGAAAUCUUGGGUUUUUCUUCCAAACAAAUUCAGGAGUACAUUGAUCUAAUGAUCAAAGAUGGGGCUCCACCAGGACUACGUGAAUACAUUAACUCUAAUCCACGUAUCUCUAGUGCAAUGUAUAACCCUCUUCAUGCCAGAAUUGUAGUUGAAGUGUACAGAGAAAACCAUGAGAAUAGCAAUAGCAUAAUCCCUAACACAACAACUGAACUAUACACCGAAUACUGUCAAAUUUUGAUUAAAAGAUGUUUAGAGAGCGAUUGGAGUGGUGAGCUGAAUAAGUUACCUUCAUCACUUCAGUUAAAUUUUAAUAAGCUCUGCCAAAUUGCGUACAAAGGAAUAACAAAAGAAAAACAACAGUUGGUUUUCUUCAAGGAAGAUGUUGUUGAUGCUAGCACUACACUCGGAUUCAUGAACAGUGUACAUCCUUUAUAUAAGAAAAGCAACAGUUCUCCAUCUUACAAUUUCCUUCAUCUAACACUUCAAGAGUUCCUCGCUGCAUUUUACAUCUGGAAAAAUAACUCCCCACACGAGCAAUUGAUCUUGUUUGAAACCAAAGCUUGUGAUGGAUCUUACGAAAUGAUUCUUUUGUUUUUAGCUGGAUUGACUAAACUGAAUGACCCAUGGACACAGUGUGUACUUUCAACUCCUAAUGCGUGCUACGAUAAAGGAUCGUCAAAAGCCGAGAGAAUGUGUACAUUAUCAAGUGAUCAAAUUCUGUGGAUCUACGAAAGCCAAAAUGUGCAAGCCAUAAAGGACUUGUAUUGUAAUGUGCUGUUUGAACUACCGCUAGAUGAUGAGACAAUUGAUCAGUUUGCACUUGGUUAUGUUGUAGCUUCUGCUCAUUUCGAAGUAACUGUAAUGGACAUGUUCCAGUUUAAUGAAAGUGAUGUGGAUAGAUCAAUGAUAUUAGCAGGAAUCAACAAAGUGUUGCGUUCUUUUACUCUAAGUGUAAGGCAUCUGACAAUGUCUACCACAUUCAAGAUUCCAUCUGCUUGGCAUACACUCACUGAUAGGAUACUACCAGAAUUAGAAAGCGUCACUAUCAGUAAUCGAGUUAUUGGCAAUGAAUUUGAUGGGCCUGAGGUUCCAUGUGUAUUAAAAAUAUUUGACACUAUACAACUAUCUCCAAACUUGAGUGUUGUAGAGCUAGAUUUUGGCAUCUCAAGAGACACUGUGAUACGAAUACUUGAUAUUUUGAAGCCAAAACACUCCUUGAAAGUUUUGAAAUGUGCUCAAAUAUCGCCAGCUGAUGAAGAGUUGUUGUCUGACUUCAUUGCACAUUCUAGUAUUGAAAUGUUGGUGAUACAUUUGGUACAAAAUCCUUACUCAAACACCACAAGUACAAGUACAGAUACUAAUAAUUGGUGUAUUUCAAUUGGAUUGAACGUGACUGAGUUAAAAAGGAAUAACACAAAAAUCCUGUUUGAACAUUCAUAUAUCAAUAACGGAGCAAAAACACCGAUUCCAACAAAAGAUGUGGUGUUUUCAGAGUCUACUAUCAAAACGUUUAUUUCAAUAUUAAACCACUGGAACCUAAGCUUACAGUAUCUGCGAUGCUCUUCCCAUCUUCAGUUGACCACUGGACAAUAUGAGCAGUUUUUUAGGACUCUACUCAAUUGUCCGAUACUUCAAGAACUCGAUAUCCGAAAUAAAAUAAAGGGCCAAUUUGAAUAUUUCUGUACCCACCAGCAAUUGCGAUCACUAACUUUGUCUAGUACUGAUAAUGCCUGUGACGUUUUACGUUCUCUCAAAGACAAUCGAUUACAUUCCAUUAAAAGCCUUACACUUGUAUGUCAAUUUGAUUGCAAUUUUGAUGAAGCUAUUGGUGAGUAUCUACAGACUGAUACAUCUCUAGAGGAAUUGACACUGCAUUAUAUUGAUUUCAAAAGUAGCCGGAGUCAUUUAGUGCAGGGACUGCUAGUUAACACAUGUCUAACUAAGCUAACUAUUUCACCUAGUAUUACUAUUAAAAAUAGGGACUCAGAUUUUGAUCUCGGAAUGCUUGAACUGGCCCAAAUGUUUCAACUUAAUACAACUCUACAAUUCAUUGAACUUACGGUUUAUAUGCAGUUGCCAAUAGAGCUACUACCCGUUUUGGAAGCAUUGAGAGAAAACAAAACAGUUAAAAACCUGACACUCUAUCUAUAUGUGCUACCAUUCACUGAGUUCCGGCCUGGAGGAACACCGUACACUGUUACCACUGAAGAGGCUGAAGCUGUCGGUAAUGUGUUAGCCAAGAACAAGACUCUAGAGGUGUUUCACUUCAAUGCUGAGAUCACUGAGUGCUCCCCAAUUGUCAGGGGGCUGUUGGAAAACAAAACACUGAAAGAAUUCGGAACUUCUAAGAAUACAAAAAAGAAGAUUAUCACAUGUACCGAGUACGUUGAUGUCAGACGAAGAAUUGUGUUUAUGGAAAACGCUUAUGAUAUGUACAUAGAGCAGUUAUUAGCUCUUGUUUAGUAUAGUCGUUAGCAUUAAUUUUAUUAUAAUUAUUCUCUGUGUGCAUUCCUGGCCCAUGCAGCUGGGUAUAAACUGUUGUCAAUAUUAUUAUUAUAAAAGAUUAAACUCGUCUUCAACUAUAAGGCAAUUUUGUUCUACGCAUCCUUCUGGAUUGACAAAGCAACCGCAUGUACAUGUCGUGCAUGCGCAGAUUCAACCUGCAUUUUGGUUGCUAAGCAAUAUAUGCGUUAUAUAGGAUAAUAUCAUACUCUCUAUUU